CGUCUUCCCGGUAGAUUCGCCCGGCCUCCAUAAAUAACCCGGUCAGCCCUCUCGCUCUCGGUCACCAUCUCCUCCUCCUCAUCCACCUGCACGAACCCCAAAGAUUCCAGCAGCCAGCUACCACAUACCAGGGAUGACAAGGUCAGCACCGGCGGCGGCGGCGGCCUCCGUUCCGGCGACGAAGCAGCAGCAGCAGCCGCCGCAUCACGCGGUGCUGCGGGGCAGCCAGCUGAAGCAGCUCCGCGAGAUCUUCCGGCGGUUCGACAUGGACGGCGACGGCAGCCUGACGCAGCUGGAGCUGGCGGCGCUGCUGCGGUCGCUGGGCCUGCGCCCGACAGGGGAGGAGGUGCGCGCGCUGCUGGCGGGGAUGGACGCCGACGGCAACGGCGCCGUGGAGUUCGAGGAGCUGGCGGCGGCCAUCGCGCCGCUGCUCACCACGCAGACGCACCUCGUGGACCAGGACCAGCUGCUGGAGGUGUUCCGCGCCUUCGACCGCGACGGCAAUGGCUACAUCUCCGCCGCCGAGCUGGCGAGAUCCAUGGCGCGCCUGGGACAGCCGCUCACCUUCGAGGAGCUCACGCGGAUGAUGCGCGACGCCGACGCGGACGGCGACGGCGUCAUCAGCUUCCAGGAGUUCGCCGCCGUCAUGGCCAAGUCCGCGCUCGACUUCCUCGGCGUCGCCUGAUCUUUCUCACCAACCAACUCCAUGCCGCCGCCCGCCCGUCCGCCCGCCGUUGAUUAGUAGUUAUCUCCAUUCUUAGGAUGCUCUGCUCAACUCGAUCUAGCUAGGAUGACAAGAUCAGCGAUGUAACUCAUGGAUGAUGAUGGCUGUUAACAUGAACGAACGAAAUGUGUACAUAUUUUUGACAAA